CUCCCCCUCUCCUUAAUUAUAUCCCCUUUCUACCCCUUUCUCUUUCGCUCACACUUUCACUUCCAUUCCCUUCGAAUUCCGCUAAUUUAUGUUCUCAACACCCGAAUUUUCACCUUCAAUCUCAAAACCUAAAUACCCAAAAUUCAUCUUCUUCCUCAAACUAAUUCCGUUAACAAGAAUAUGCCAGAUUCGUCGCAUCUUGAACGAAUGGGCCGAGAGCUGAAAUGCCCCAUUUGCUUGAGUUUGUUUGAUUCUUCUGUUUCUCUUACCUGCAAUCAUGUUUUCUGCAAUGCAUGCAUUCACAAAUCAAUGAAAUCUGGGUCCAAUUGCCCAGUUUGUAAAGUGCCUUAUCAGCGCCGAGAAAUUCGCCCCGCUCCUCAUAUGGAUAAUCUUGUAAGCAUCUACAAGAAUAUGGAAGUUGCUUCAGGGCUUACCCUCUUUGUUUCACAAAAUGGACCUUCGACCAAAUUGCCUCCUGCAGAAAUUCAGUCGAAUGAUGACUUGGAUGCUAUGAGGGAGGCUGGUGAAGAAACUCCUGAGAUGAAGAAGUGCCAAAGGAGGGAAGUAACUCCUGUAGCAUCAAAAAUGAAAUCAAAACGCUCUGGUCGCAACAGAGGAAAAUCUUCAUUUGCAACAAACAAAAGGGUUCAAGUGCCUGAGUCUCCCAUUACUGAGAGUCCAGCAAGACAGGAAAAAGACGGACUUGGUCAAAAGAAAGUAGUAAUCAACAAUCUUGUAAAUAAGUGUUCUACAAUUCCGAGUGUAUAUCAGCUUUCAACUGAUAAAGAAAGGCCACACAUGUCACCUUUCUUCUGGUUACGUGAAGAAGUAGAAAGGUCAAGUAUUCAAACUGAUGAAGAGCAGUUGACAUUGACAUGUACCCCAGUAAAAGCCCCUUCUUUUAGUGAUCUGAAGGACUCAGAUGAUGAUGUCCCCCCACAAAAUCCUUUGGAAGAGGAGCCACACAGCAAGUACAACACAGAUAUAUUUGACAGCGAGAUGUUUGAAUGGACACAAAGAGAACGCUCUCCUGAACUUUGUCCAAGUCCCUUUAAGGAGCAGGUUGAAGAGACAGAUUGUGAUACAGCUUCAAGAGAUGCAGCUGCCAUCAGAAAAACGAAUAUAGAGCAGCUAGCCAAUGUUAAUCCCCAAGAGAAUAAUAGUAACCUGUACAAUGCGCCACUCAAUAAUGCUUAUCCUAGAAGAAAAAGUAAAGGUAGCCGAAAUAAGAGUAAAACUACUCACAAGAGAGGUGGAAAAGAAAACAAAGGCAGCCGAAGGAACAACAUGGAAAAUGAAAAGGCCCUUGGUGGUCCAAAAGCACCAAGUGACUUUAUGCAAUGCCAAGGAUUUGAUACUGGAAUUCUUUUAAAAAGUUCAAAAGCUGCUGGUACUUAUAAAACAAGACAAUGUCAAUCACUUGAUGUGAAUUUGAUGAAUGAAGUUGAUGGUCACGUCCUUGCCAAGUUGCCUGCUGCUUCUGGAAGUAAAAGAAAAGACAAGAAAUUGGGAAAUAUAAAGAGGAAAAUUGACAGCAUUGAGCACAUAUACGAGGGUGACUCACUGAAAAGAAAGAAGCAGAUGAAGAACUUGGCACAGCCUGAUAACAUUGAGGAAAAAUCUAUCUCAUUGAAUGAAGUGUCUUUUGAAAAGCCUUGCAGAGUCAUAAAAGGAUCACACAAAUGCAACGCCAGUCAUAAACCUAAGAAAAUUCGUCAAUUGACAUCCGUGCUUGAACAAAAGAUUACUGAAAAUGUUAACUUAAGAGGAAAGGUUGCUGAUGGAGGUGAAAAUGUAAAUUCAAAGGUUGCCGGAUCAGCUGAAGAUAAUGGUGUUUGUGGAAAAUCUAACAAUGAUAACUCAGUAAAUUCACUUAAGAACAGAAAGGUCCAUUGCCAAAAACAAAUGCCAGCUUUGCGCAAAUGCGAUACAGUUUCCAUAAAAUGUGCCUUUUGUCAUUCAUCUGAAGACACAGAGGCUUCUGGUGAGAUGGUUCACUACUCUGAAGGUAGACCAGUUUUAGCCAAUCACACUGAAGGUUCUGUCAUCCACUCACACAAAAAUUGCACUGAAUGGGCCCCUAAUGUUUAUUUUGAAGAUAAUACUGCGGUCAACCUUGAAGAAGAAUUGAUGAGAAGCCGUAGGAUUAAGUGCUCUUUGUGUGGAGUAAAGGGGGCCUCUCUGGGCUGUUAUGAGAAGAGUUGUCGCAAAAGUUUCCAUAUCCCUUGUGCCAAAAAGCUUAAAGAGUGUCGUUGGGAUGCCGAUCACUUUGUCAUAUUAUGUCCUCUUCACACCUCUUUAAAGUUACCCUGUGAAUUGCCUACAUCACAAAUUAGAAGAGGAAAAUAUAAGUCGAAGGGGAAACUUCCCAGCCAAAGACCUCAAUCUGCAGUUAAACAUGCUACUAGUACAAAUAGAUGGGAUUGUGGUCGGCCAUUUGAGAAAGUAGUCCUCUGUUGUUCAGCUCUUUCAACGGUAGAGAAGGAAGCUGUUUCUGAGUUAGCAAAGUCAUCUGGAGCUGUGCUAUUGGGAAGCUGGGAUCCAAGUAUUACUCAUGUUAUUGCAUCGACGAAUGAAAAUGGAGCAUGUAAAAGAACACUCAAAGUUAUGAUGGGGAUCUUGGAAGGAAAAUGGAUAUUAAGCAUCAAAUGGGUUGAAGCAUGCAUGGCGGCCAAGAGACUAGUUGAGGGGACUCCAUAUGAAAUCACUUGUGACAUUCAUGGUGUCCAGAAUGGCCCUCUUUUAGGAAGACUAAGACAUCUAAACGAGGAAGCAAAGCUCUUUGUUGGAUUCAAUUUUUAUUUGACUGUAGAUUUUGAACCUGCAUACAAGGGUUAUCUACAAGACCUUAUUACUGCAGCUGGAGGAACUGUUCUACACAGGAAGCCCAUUGCAGAAACAUAUGGAAUCGUUGUAAGUGCUUCAUCAACUGUCAUAGUCUACAGCAUUGAGCCUCCUGCUAACUGUGAUCUUCGUAAGAAGGAUACAAUUCUAAACUGCAGGCGAUCUGAUGCAGAAGCUCUUGCCAUUUCAAGUGGUGCAAAACUGGCAAACAAUUCAUGGGUUCUGAAUUGCAUUGCUGGACAUAAACUGCAAGAUCUGUGAGUGGCAUUGCUGCUUAAUUUUUCACAUGCCUUUUGGUGGUCAAAGCAGAAGUCCUUGUCGCAGCUUUUUACAUUAAUAAGUUAACUUUCAGAAUAUCUAACCAUUAGGAUUGUUAAUUUAUCCAUCAAAUUAUAAAGCGGUGCAACACCUGUAAAGUCUCCUUUUAAUAUAUGCACAUAUGUUUAAGUAAUGGCUAAAAAUCUGAGUUAAUAUCUGGUUAAA